CAUCGCUCCACUAAACUUCCGCCACGGCGUGUCUUUCGUGCGUGUUUUCUCUUCUGUCACUGCUGCUUGUCUCUGCUUUGCUUCUCUUCGUCUUUAAUUUUCAGACUCCAGCCUACCCGCAUUCUGCGGUUUGGCCUGAUCGGAGCACUGCCCUGAGGCACGGGAGCCUGCCUCCACCCUGCAAUUUUCACGAUUGGCUACGUGCUUAGUAUCUACAGCCCCCUACCGUCACGCAGUACUGCCCACUUGUUACGACAUUUCCCUAUGACUUCACCGAAUUGUACGACCUGACGAAUCCUCGACCGACCUUAGGUACAACCCCUCUCCUCCUUCCUCCCCCCGGCCCGGGUAGUGGUCGCCCGCCCCCACCAUGCUCGAGGGUCUCGUCGCCAACUUGCUUAAUCGGUUCUUGGGUAUGUAUGUUCAGAACUUCGAUGCGAAGCAAUUGAAUGUCGGCAUCUGGUCCGGCGAUGUCAAACUCCGCGACCUCGAACUGCGUCGCGAGGCUCUGGACCAGCUUCACUUGCCGCUCAACGUAGUCGAAGGACAUUUGGGGUCGCUUACUCUACAAAUACCAUGGUCGAAUCUGAGAGGGAAGCCGCUGAAGGUCAAUAUUGAGGACGUGUUUCUGCUGGCCGCCCCGAAGGAAGAUGCGGAGUAUGACGCUGAGGAAGAGGAGCGGAGAGCGCAUGCCGUUAAGAUGGAGAAGUUAGACAGCGCUGAGCUACUGAAGGAGCGGAAUACGGAGGGUAUGAGCGCAGAAGAACAGCAGAAAAAUCAAAGCUUCACAGCUAGCAUGGUUACUGCCAUCGUGGACAACGUUCAGGUUACCGUCAAGAAUAUUCACAUUCGGUACGAAGACUCGAUAUCAGACCCUGGACAUCCAUUCGCGUUGGGAAUCACGCUCGCCGACUUCAGCGCUGUGAGCACUGACGAGAAUUGGAAGCCUACCUUCAUCCAAGGCAGCUCUAGCUCGACGCACAAGCUGGCCACUCUUGGAUCUUUGGCUGUAUACUGGGAUACGGACGCCUCGCUGAUCGGGACUGGAAAGGGGAGCCAGGACAAGACCGAGCAGCACAUCGAUCAUACCGAGUUCAUUGAGAAGGUGCGCGGCAUGAUUGUCCGCGGAGAGAACCCCCAGCUUGGAGACCACCAGUUCGUCCUCAAACCCGUCAGCGGUCGUGCUGGUCUGGAAAUGGACAAGACUGGCAAGCCCGACAGACCGAAGAUGAAGGCGCGCUUGUUGUUUGACGAGCUUGGUUUCAUUAUCGAUGAGGAUCAAUAUCGAGACGCUCUCAUGCUUGUCGACCUCUUCCACUACUUCAUCCGGCACCAGGAGUAUAAGAAAUUCCAACCAAAGUCUUCACCGAAAGAAGACCCUGCAGGAUGGCUACGGUUCGCUGCGCAGGCCGUGCUCGACAAGAUUCAUGACAGAAAUCGCAAGUGGAGUUGGGAUUAUUUCAAGGAACGUAGGGAUGACCGAAUACGGUACAUCGACCUUUUCAAAAAGAAGAAGCGAGAAGAGAAACUUGCUCCGCUUGAGACUGAGGAGCUUGAUGAGCUUGAGAAGAAGUUGAGCUACGAAGAUCUGCGUUUCUGGCGAUCGUUGGCACGGAAUCAACUCCGGAAAGAGAACGUUGGAGUGAAGAAGCCGCCUCCAAAACAAACCUGGGGUGCCUGGAUAUGGGGCUCCAAGGAAGAAGAGGAUAAGGACGACAACACUCAGAUUACCGAUGAGCAACGUAAGGAGCUCUACAACGCCAUUGACUGGGACGAGAAGAAGGCAAUCGCCGAGUCGGUGGAUAUGCCGAGGGAAUACGUCAAGAUGGAGGUCAAUAUGAGCCUGCGGACUGGAAGCUUUACCCUCAGGCGUGAUCCACAUGGAAAAGCAACCGAAAUACUCCGUCUCCUCUUCGAUUCCUUCAGUACCACGCUCCUGCAGCGGACGGAUUCAACGUUUGUUAAAGUAGCCCUCGAGGGUAUGCGUUUAUAUGACGGCACCACCGAAGGGAGUCUCUUCCCUCAGAUCAUUACGAUUAAGGACGCCCCUCCGGUUCCGGACGAGAAGCGAUUCGAGGAGCUCAAUGAUGACGAAACCUCAAAAGAGUCCGACGAAGAGGGGGAAGAAGAGGAGAAAGAAGAUCCCUUCUUCCAACUCUCAUUUGAAAAGAACCCUCUAGAUGGAAGUGCUGAUACAGCCCUUACCAUGAAGCUGAAAGGCAUGGAGAUCGUAUACAAUCCCAAGUUCGUCGUGGAAGUUGCAAAAUUCUUCAAACCGCCCGAGCGACACAUGGAGUCCAUUGGAGCGCUCAUGGAAACCGCAGGUGCUACGGUAGAAGGUAUUCGGCAGCAGACCCGUGCUGGGCUAGAGUUCGCGCUUUCAGAACACAAGACCAUCAACGCCCAAUUGGACCUGCAAGCACCUCUUAUCAUUAUUCCGGAUUCUGUGACGAAGAAGUCAAGCAAUUGCCUGAUUCUCGAUGCUGGUCAUGCCAGCGUCACAAGUGAGUUGGUCGACAAGGAUACUCUGCGGGAUAUUCAAUCGAAGCAAAAGCAGCAGUAUACCGAUGAAGAUUUCCGCCGGCUCGAGGGCCUAAUGUACGAUAAGUUCCUUUUAAAACUGGAAUCUACGCAGGUCCUCAUCGGCCCCUCGAUCGAGGAAACUCGAGCUCAGCUCGUUGACACAGCUACCACCAAGGACCUGCACAUUGUGGAUAGGAUCAACAUGGACUUUAAGAUUGAAAUUUGUAUCAUACCCAAAGCUUCUGAUCUCACAAAGUUCCGUAUAUCCGGCAAUCUCCCAGUCUUGCAUGCAUCCAUCUCUGAUGCUAAGUAUAAGAACCUCAUGAAGCUCAUUGACGUGGCCGUCCCAAAGUUCGAGAACGAGGAACCCAGCAAGCAAGUAACUGAAGGAGCUAAGGGUCCUUCUAACCUGAAACUCACCGGCGAGGAUAAAUCCAAUCACGAUCCACUUGGGAGGCCAAGAUCAAAGUCCUUCCAGUUUACAGCGCAGGAGCACGAGCUUGUGGUGGAGGAAGAGAGGGAUGAUAACCAAGGAGAGGAGUUUGAAGACGCGGUCGAGGCCAAGUCAACUAGCGACAUCAACAUACAUCAACGCAACUUUCAGUUCAAUUUUACAGUAGACAAGCUUCAAGGUUCCCUCUUCCGUUCUGAUCCAGAAGGCAAAAAACCAGAUCAGCUCUUGGUCGAGUUGGUUGCAGAGCACUUCGAUCUUGAGUUCUAUCAGAAGCCCUUUGAUAUGGUUGCUGAGGUUCGCCUGAGAUCCAUGGCCAUCGAGGAUCACGUCGAAGAGAACCCCAUACCCGAGUUCCGCAACAUUGUGUCCUCGGAGGAUGUGUCAGAGUCUGAACAGAAGGAUCUGUUCUCGCUGAAGUUUGUGAAGGUGAACAAUGAAUCCCCUGAAUUUAUGACAAAGUAUGAGGGUAUUACCAUGAAUCUGGAUGUUGCUGUGUCGACCAUCAAUCUGAUCGUCACCAGGAGAACACUCCUGACGCUCUUAGACUUCAUACUCAUCACGUUCACGAAUCCUGGACCUCCUCAGAAUCAGCAAGCUCAGAUUGCUGCCAAAGAGGAGCAACUGCAAGUUGCAAAGCAGCCUCCAGCCGAGCAGGACAAGAUCCGGAUUCGAGCCGAGCUCAAGCGCAUCUCCGUCGUUCUUAAUAAUGAUGGUAUCAGGCUUGCUACACUAAGCUUAAAUUCUGGAGAUGUUGGAAUCUUCUUGAACGGCAAGGCGAUGCGUAUUAGUGGAAGGCUGGGCAACCUAUCGCUGAUUGAUGAUGUCAAUCAGGGUGUGUCUGAGGAGUCGUCUCUUCGGCAGCUAGUUACAAUCCAAGGCAAGAACUUAGCGGACUUUAGCUACGAGACCUUUGACCCUGAUUCCGAGAGCUAUCCUGGAUACGACACCUCUGUUGUCUUGAAGACUGGAUCUAUCAAGAUCAACUUUCUAACAGAACCCUUCCGCAAAAUCAUGGAAUUCGCCGUCAAAUUCGGCAAGAUGCAGGCUAUUUUUAACGCUGCGCGCCAGGCUGCCGCGAACCAAGCGACGCAGAUUCAAGAACGUGCCACCAAGAUGCACUUUGACAUCGUUAUCAGCACGCCAAUUGUGGUCUUUCCACGGAUGGUCAUUUCCGAUAAGCCGGAUCGAGAUACUUUGAUAGCGAACCUGGGAGAGAUAUACGCGAAGAAUAUGUUUGUUCCCUUGGACGACUCCAAGAAUUCAGACGUGGCGAACAAGUUAUCUGCAGGUAUCAGGAACAUCAAGCUGACCUCAAAUCUUCAUUACGAGGACGACCAAUCUGAAGAGCUGCAACUCAUUGACAAGGUUGAUUUGGAUUUCAACAUCAUGAUUGUUGACCACAAGCCUGGACGUCAGCGACCCGAUCUCGAGAUAGAAGGGACCAUGUCAAACAUCAACCUGAAACUCACCUCUGAGCAAAUGAGGUUCGCCUUAGAGCUUUCACGAUCCAUUCCCGCUGCAUUUGCGACAGAGUCGGAUGAUGUCAUUGCUGAAGAUGUCCAACAAGAGCUGCCGGACUCUACGACCGAGCCAGCCAAACAAUUGGCUGAUGGGAAGCCACCUUCCCAGGAGAAACCACAGGAUCUUGUGUCAAGUCAAAACCCAGAGCUACGAACCGGCGACGAAAGAUGGACAAAGCUUGAUUUCUUCUUCAAGGUUGGCGCUGUUGGCCUGGAGCUAAUAAAGUCUAAAGACGGCGAGCCCGUCUGCAACAUUGAAGCUGCCAGUUUGUCCAAGUUCUCCCUCAAUGAGACAAACGCGAAACUUCGCAUGAUUAGUGAUGGAGCUUUUGAGGCCGAAUUAAUGGUUCAGUCCUUUACUAUCAGGGACAGCCGGAUGCAGGAAACGAACAAGUUCCGAAAGAUAAUGUCGCUCAUUAACAACGACGUAAAGCAGCAGUUCAUGGCUAGUAUCUCCAUAUCUGGUGGGCAGGAGAAGAGUCUAAUUGCACUCUUAACGAUCGACAGCCCGAGAAUCAUCCUGGCAUUAGACUAUCUGUUCGCUUUGCAGGCUUUUGUCAACGCAGGUCUUUCCACAGACGAGCCCCUGGCCAUUGAGGAAGAGAUGGAUGAUGACGACGCGGACAGCUCCAUGGACUUGAAAUCUCCUGAUGGGUUUGCAUCACCUGCUAAGCCCAGUGCAACCGCGGAACCAGCUGAGGGUGGAAUGAACAUCUCCUUCCGCGUGAACCUGGUGGACGCGCAGGUCGUCCUAAUCGCAAAUCCCGCGUUAUCAAGCUCUGAAGCCAUUGUGCUGGGUACAAAGCAGGUGCUUGUGUCAAAGCAGCAGGCCAUGACGCUGCAAGUCGAUAAAGUUGGAAUGUUCCUUUGCCGCAUGGACAGAUUUGAGACAAGCCGGCUGCGAAUCCUAGACGACUUCAGCAUCCAAACGGCCUUGGAUAUUCGUAACCAGGGAACAAAGUCAUCGUUGACCAGCAUAACUGUGGACAUUGAGCCGCUCGUCCUACGAUUGUCCCUUCGAGAUAUCUUGCUCGCUAUGCAGAUUGUCAACCGCGCGUCCGCAAUGUCGGCCAACGACGAAAACAAGAAGUUAGCUGAAGAAAAGUCACAAAUGAUCAAGCAAGGUUCAGGAUCAACCAAACCGAAGUCUACAAAAGCAGCAUCGUCGAAGCCUCCAGCUAAGAGUUUUGCUACCACGAAGCGAUCAAGCCAGCAUGGUCCUCCACCACAACCUCCGCGGCCCGGUUCAGCCAUGAUUAAGCGUGAGGAGAUGAGCGUGAAUAUCGAAGGAAUCCGUGUCGUUCUGAUCGGGGAUGUUCACGAGAUGCCCAUGCUAGACUGGCGUGUGAAGAAGUUCGGCAUUGAUGUACGAGAUUGGUCGGGAGCAAUGACAGCUGAUACUAGCAUCGACACUCUUAUCAACAUUUACAACUUUUCCAAGUCAGCAUGGGAGCCUCUGAUUGAACCGUGGCAGUUGGGCUUUCACAUGUCUAAGGACCAAAACCCUGACAAGCUUUCCGUCGAGCUCUAUUCCAGAAAGUCUGUGGAGCUUACCGUUACAGCAGCUACAAUUGCUCUAGCGUCCAAGUCAUUCGACUUCCUGACUACAGACGAGGAUAUCCUAUCUAAGCCUCGUGGCACGGAUGCUCCAUACCGUAUCCGUAAUUACACUGGUUUUGGACUAGAUGUCUGGGCCGAAGGUCGAGAUCUGAUAGACGGAUAUGCAUCCAAACUCGAAGACGGAGAUGAACAGCCGUGGCGAUUUGAAGACCCUUCAGCCACUCGUGAGACCCUGUCGACAGAAGGAGCUAACGGUGUUCUUGGCAUACGGCUGAAAGGUAGUGGGUUCGACACCAUCCCGCGAAUUCCCGUGCAUCGUGAGGGAGAGUUCCUUUACAACCUCAAGCCCAAGAAGGACCGAGUACAGCAUCGCAUCCUCGUAGAUGUCAAGCUUGGCGCAGACAACGUCAAGAACAUAACGUUCAGGUCUCCGUUGCUAGUUGAAAACAACACCCAAAUCCCAGUCGAGCUUGGCAUCUACAGUCCUGAAGAAGGCCAUCUCCUGAAGAUUGAGAAGGUUGCUCCCGGUGAUGCAAGACCAGCACCGGUCGGAGCAGCAUUCAUGCAUUCAAUCGUUGUUCGCCCAGACCAGGGGUUUGGCUACACCUGGUCAAAUGAACGCCUUUUCUGGAAGGACCUGCUGAGGCGACCUACUAGGACGAUCACAUGUCGGGGAGAGCAAGACGACCAAUCUCCUCCCUUCUACUUCCAGAUGCAUGCGGCGUAUGAUAAGAAAGAUCCUCUCACCAGUGUGUAUCCAUACAUGCGUAUUCGCCUGGCCGCGCCGGUUGAGGUCCAGAAUCUGCUACCAUUCGACUUCAAAUACAGGAUAUACGACAGCAAUACUAAGAAGGACUGGACAAAUUUCCUGAGGAAAGGAGGUGUCAGCCCAGUCCAUGUGGUGGAGCUUUCACAUCUCCUACUCAUCAGUGUGGACAUGCAAGACACACCUUUCAAGCCAAGCAAGUUCGGCAUUAUCAACUCAACUGACCGAGAGAGCUUCAGGAGGGAGAAAAGUUUAGAGUUGAAGGACAACAAUGACCUUACGUUGCACCUCAACAUGCACUUCUACAACUAUCCUGAUGGCGGUGGGUCAUUCAAGGUGACAAUCUAUAGUCCCUACGUCAUUCUCAACCGCACUGGGCUUGAACUCGACGUCCGUAGCAAGGCGUUCCUUGGCCAGGCCAGAGGUGCAGCCGGGCAAGGCGUCUUUGCCGACACCAAUGACGAUGGCCACAAGCCACUGCCAUUCAUGUUUUCAUUCCCCACCGAGGACAAGAAGAAUCGAGCUCUGAUCAAAGUUGGUGACUCGAACUGGAGCAAGCCUCAGAGUUUCGAUGCAAUCGGAAGCACUUAUGCAGUCACACUACCCUCUAACAAGGCUCGAUCUGACAUGCAUAUCGGUAUUACCGUCGCCGAAGGCGAAGGAAAGUACAACUUGAGCAAGGUCGUCACUAUUGCGCCCCGAUUCAUUAUAAAGAACAAAAUCAAAGAACAGUUGAAUAUCCGCGAACCAGGCUCCUCAGAAUGGAUGUCGCUCAAGACUGGAGAUUUGCUACCUCUGCGAUGGCUAAAACAGGGAGGAACACCCCAAUUGUCUCUUUGCUACCCUGGUGUCAACAACCAAUGGUCUUCCCCGUUCAAUAUUUCCAAUGUUGGAAGUGUUCACGUCAAGCUAUCUAAAGCCGGGCAACGCCAGAAGCUCAUCCGAAUUGAUGUGCUUAUGGAGCAUGCGACGAUCUUCAUUCACAUCAGUGUUGAAACAAAACACUGGCCGUUCUCCUUCAAGAAUAUGAGCGAUCAAGAAUUCCUGUACUGGCAAGCAAAUCCAAACCUGGAUGAAGAUGAGGAUGAUCGUGGGACCGGAUUCCGACCUAUUAGAUACCGCCUUCCUCCACGGAGUAUUAUGCCGUAUGCUUGGGACUUCCCUGCUGCCAAGAACAAGGAGAUCGUUCUCAACGCAAAUGGGAGAGAGCGACAUGUCAAACUUGCUGAGAUUGGUAACUUAAUUCCAUUCAAAAUACCGCCUGGGCAGAACCAGAGUCGACAGAAGAUCAUUGAUCUGAAUGUGGUUGCCAGUGGGCCAACCCAAACGCUAGAGAUCUCAAACUACAGGCCAUCAAAGAGCUUGUACAAACAGAAGUCAGGCACCGCUUCCUCGGCGACUGGCGGUUUCGAAGUUAAGGAUGUCGACAAUGAUGUGACCUUCAAGGCUCAACUGCGGUUGGCCGGAAUUGGCAUCUCACUCGUCAACCGCCAGUUGCGUGAGCUAGUCUAUAUCACCCUGAGAGAUAUCGAGCUCAAGUACAAUGAUUCUUCACUCUACCAGAUGGUUAACCUGAUGGUCAAGUGGAUUCAAAUUGAUAACCAGCUCUAUGGCGGUAUCUUUCCCAUUAUCUUCUAUCCGAGUGUUGUACCCAAGACUGGCAAGGAAAUGGAGGCCCACCCGAUCUUCCAGACGAGCAUCACGCGUGUCAAGGACGACUCAUAUGGCGUGCUCUACAUUAAGUACUUCACCAUCCUUCUUCAACAGAUGACGCUUGAAAUUGAUGAAGACUUCAUAUUCGCAAUGCUCGACUUUGCGAAGAUACCUGGAGCAUCUUGGUCGGAAGAGAAGGAGGGCAAACUCUGCGAUGACUCUCUUGAUAUUCCGGAACCCCAGCAGGAACAAACCGGCCAGGAUGUCUACUUCGAGCUUCUCCACCUUCAGCCAAUGCAGAUCGAUCUGUCUUUCGUUCGCACGGAGCGCAUCAAUGCAGAGGAUACGAUGUCCUCGUCAAAUCCUUUCAUGUUCGCAGUCAAUGUAUUGACUAUGUCUAUCGGCAAUGUCAAUGACGCACCGGUCCGAUACAAUGCCUUGAUGCUCGAAAACGCACGCGUAUCGACCGAGGCGUUGAUCAACAACAUCAAAAGCCACUAUGUCCAAGAGUCCCUCCGCCAGGUCCACGUUGUCAUUGGUUCCGCCGACUUCCUUGGUAACCCCGUUGGCCUCUUCACGAACGUCAGCUCUGGCGUUGCUGACAUCUUCUACGAACCGUACCAAGGUCUCGUCAAAUCCGACCGUCCAGAAGAGCUCGGCAUCGGCAUUGCGAAGGGCGCAUCCAGCUUUGUAAAAAAAUCGGUCUUUGGCUUCUCAGAUAGUAUGGCUAAGUUCACUGGGAGCAUGUCCAAAGGCCUAUCUGCCGCCACCCUGGACAAAGAAUUCCAAGAUCAGCGCCGAAUGUCGCGCUCCCGAAACCGCCCCAAGCACGCCCUGUAUGGCAUCACAGCCGGCGGCAACGCCUUCGCCAGCAGCCUUGCAAGUGGCCUUGGGGGCCUCGCUCGUCAUCCCAUCCAAGGUGCUGAAAAAGAAGGUGCGCUAGGUUUCGUGAAGGGGGUUGGUAAAGGUCUGUUAGGUGUGCCUACCAAGGCGGCAAUCGGCGCAUUCGACCUCGCGUCCAACAUGGCGGAAGGCGUACGCAACACCACCACCGUCUUCGACCAAGAAGGCCUGGACCGCGUCCGGCUCACCCGGUUUAUUGGGCAAGAUGGCAUCGUGCGGCCAUAUUCCCAACGUGAAGCCCUGGGUCAAUUCUGGCUGAAGACCCUAGAUAACGGAAAAUACUUCAACGAAGAUUAUAUCGCGCACUUGGAGCUCCAAGGCAAGGAAAAGUUGGUUAUGUUGACAUAUAACGGGAUCAUGCUGGUUAGGACAAAGAAGCUGCAGAUGGAGUGGGAUGUACCACUCAAGGAUAUUCAGACUAUUAGUAAGGAGAGGACGGGCAUGAGCAUUGUGCUGAAGGGGGGAACGAACGGGCCGUUUGUGCCAGUUGUAGAGGAGGGGGCAAGGAAUUGGUUUUAUAAACAGGUGGCUGUAGCAGUGAAUGCGUGGAAUGAUCGGUGGAAUGCUAAAGGCUAGGGGGGAUUGGGAUAGGUGGAUGGUGUGGUGGCUUGCGGUUG